CUGAUUUCUAUCUCUCUCAACUCUCUCGAUCUCUGUAGAUUGUAAGGAUGAGUACUUCUAUCCAUGAAAACCCGGUUUACGACUUGAAAAUAUCCUCGGUUAUACCGGGUAAGUUCACCGAGUCUGGAGUAACUUAUGAACCAACUAACAUGGAUUUGGCUAUGAAACUACAUUAUCUUCUAGGAUUAUAUUUCUUUCCAAAGGAAGCAGUUGAUGGUCUUACUAUCUCCAAGAUCAAAGAAUCGAUAAAUACACUGUUUAGCAGCUUUAGUAUGUAUUGUGGAAGGUUUCGAAGAUCUGAUGAUUCCAGUCGACGGCCUUAUAUCAAAUGUAACGAUGCCGGUGUGAGAAUGAUUGAAGCUAAGUGCAAGUACACGAUAGAUGAGUGUCUAGAGAUGAAGGAUUGUGCUCUUCAUAAACUUCUUGUAUAUAACCAGGUUCUUGGCACUCCAGACCUAGCUCUUUCUCCUCCAGUUCUUAUUCAGUUUACUUGGUUCAAAUGUGGAGGAAUGUCGAUAGGGCUAAGCUGGGCUCACGUCCUUGGCGAUGCAUUCUUAGCAUCAUAUGUCAUCAACUGUUGGGGACAAUUAGUAUCCGCCGGUCAUCUGCCAUAUGACCUGCAAAAACUUGAACCUAAAACAGUUACGAAAGGAAACCGAACUUUCGUGGAUCUCCAGCCACUCUUCAAACGAGUUGAUCCGAUGGGUGACUAUUGGAAGUUUGUGAAUGAUUGUAAUAUGAUUACCUCAUGUUUCCAAAUUAACGCCAUAAAACUUAACAACAUACUGUUGAGGAUCAAUGGUCAAUCCGGAACUCGUCAAAUUCCAACUUUCGAAUGCCUUUGUGCCAUCAUUUGGCAAAAUUUAGCGAAAAUCAGAACAAAAGAGGAACCACGGGUUGUAACUGUUUGUCGAAACCAUUCUUAUCGAAUAAAUAAUGCGCAUCCAGGAAACAACCAGAUAUUUGGAACUGUAAAGGCUAAUUGUCAAGUCAAGGAUGCUAAUCCGAGCGACUUGGCAGCACUGAUGUUGGAUCAAACUACACAUGAGCAAUGCCAAAUGGAUCAAGUGAUACAGAAAGAUGGAGGUUUGUCAGAUUUUAUUGUGUAUGGAGCAAAUCUGACUUUUCUAGAUUUGGAAGAGUCUGAAAUCUAUGAACUGGAACUGAAAAGGCAUAAGCCAGUUUUCGCUAACUACAUGGUCGAGGGAGUAGCAGAUUCAGGGUUGGUAUUAGUACUUCCAGGGCCAAGUAAAGGAAGGACUGUAACAGUAAUUCUGCCAGAAAAUGAAAUGUUACAGCUGAGAGCAGAGCUAGCAAAGGAAUGGUGUAUUGUUUGAGCGCAUUCAACAUAUGUAAGUACUGAAUAAUGAUUGAAGAAAUAAUUCAGUGUGUAUCACUUUAGAUACAUAUAUUUUCAAGUAAGAUUUAAGGUUGUAAUGAGUAUUUAUUUCGUCGCUUCGAUUGUUAUAAGUUAUAGAUAUCACUGGUUUUGUUGGUUCUUGUUAGGAUUUGGAUGUAGUAUCUACUUUGUUUUAUGGAGCAGUCCUGCUUUUGCUUUC